UGUUGUUGGUCGGUUCAGAGAUAAAUAACAAUCUCUCUCUUCUAUCUUCUUCUGCACCUUCUGCACUCUCAUUUCCACUAUUUUAUUCUUUCUCUCAUACCCGUCAUCAUCUCUCUCUGGUACAAACCCUACUUCCACACCCCGUUCCCUGAGCCCUCCCAUACUCUGCAUCCUCUCUUUUCUCACCUUCCCCAUUCUUCUCCUCUCUUUCAUGGAUGUGGACAUAGUGAAAACUUCCAGCAACAACAACAACAUGGACGUGAUGGCAAUGAUGAUGCAAAUGGAAAAGUUCCCUGAAUUAUUCUGCGACCCUUUUUAUACCACCUCUUACCAAGAAACCGAUUUGUUAUCAAGUGGAAGUUCCUCAACAACCAGUGCUUCCACCCUAUUCAACAACAACAGCAUUGUAACAACAACUCCACCACCGACGACGACUCUCGUCGAUCCAACUCCGUCAAAUGUUGUCCAAUUUUCCAAAAUCGAUGACCUUUUCCAACACCAACACCAACAACAACCUAUGUCACAGUCCCUUCAACCCUACCCUUCCGAGAAGAAGAACUCGAUGGCGGCGAUGAGGGAGAUGAUAUUCCGAAUAGCGGUUAUGCAGCCCGUUCACAUCGAUCCUGAAUCCAUAAAGCCACCCAAGAGAAGGAACGUGAAGAUCUCCAAGGAUCCGCAGAGCGUGGCGGCGCGGCACAGAAGAGAAAGGAUAAGCGAGAGAAUAAGGAUUCUUCAGAGAUUGGUCCCUGGCGGCACCAAGAUGGACACUGCUUCUAUGUUGGACGAGGCCAUUCACUACGUCAAGUUCUUGAAGAAACAGGUGCAGACGCUGGAGCAAGCAGGGGCAAAUACGUCACCACACAGUAAUACUAAUAGUCCCAAUAAUCACGUUGUUGGUGCUGCUGGUUUUCCGCUAGGGAUGUCUUCUAACUACUCCAAUAAUAGUAGUGUUAAUUAUUCUUCUUUGUUGAUGAAGGGUGGUUGCCAACCUUGUCAAAUGUUCGGUUCCACUUCUAAACAAUUGCUCAGCUAAUAGUUGUUAGGGGAAGUUUGAGAGGGAAUUUGCUUGUUUUUGUGAUGAGAAAGCAAUGGGUUGUGUAGUGUUGAUCAAUUGGUGUAUGCAUGGGUUUGGUGGAUCGGGAAGAACAUGUUUCUCCAUGUUAAUGCCAUUGUUGCAAUGAUCUUUUGCUUUUACAAUGGUGGGGGUGGGUGUAAUCGAAAUUUCAUUAACAUAAUGGAUGAGUAUGUUCUACA